AUGCCUGUAGCAGUACAUUCAACGUCCAACGGGCAAGGUAUCGAAUCAAGCAAGAUCAAAUACAAGCUAUUGGAUGUAGAAGAGGUGUUAUUGAAACUAUCAUUGCCGGAGAAAGUGUCCCUAUUGUCUGGUAAAGAUAAUUGGCAUACGAGAGAUAUACCCAAAUUUGGUAUCCCAUCACUACGUUUAUCGGAUGGACCGAAUGGAUGUCGAGGAACGAAAUUCUUCGAAGGUGUACCUGCAGCUUGUUUCCCUUGUGUAACCGGUCUGGCAAGUUCAUGGGAUGUAGAUUUGGUGAGACAAGUAGGAGUCGCUUUGGGAGAUGAAUGUAGAGCUAAAGGUGUACACGUAUUAUUGGCUCCAACGGUUAACAUGCACCGUACCCCCUUGAAUGGACGAGGGUUUGAGAGUUUCUCCGAAGAUCCAUUACUCAGUGGGAUUCUAGCUGCAGGUUUCAUAAGAGGUUGUCAAAGUACUGGCGUGGCAGCCACGUUGAAACACCUUGUGUGUAAUGAUCAGGAAACGAAUAGAUACUCAAUAAGCGCUGAAGUGGACGAACGGUCUCUACGAGAGAUUUACUUAAAACCAUUCGAAAUUGCGAUUCGAGAAUCGAAUCCUUGGUUGGUCAUGACAAGCUAUAACAGAGUAAAUGGUAAACAUGCUUCCGAGACGAAAGGACUGAUAACGGACUUGCUGAGGGAAGAAUGGGGAUAUGAAGGUAUGGUCAUCUCCGACUGGCAUGGAACAUAUUCGACCGACGAGGCCAUCCAAGCUGGCUUGGAUCUCGAGAUGCCCGGUCCAUCUAUCAUACGUGGACCGGCUUUACUGAGAAUGGUAACUUGCGGUAAAGUGAAGGAAACAGAAAUUGACGAGAGAGCUCGACAGGUGCUUCGUCUGGUCAAUCGAUUGAUACCAUCCGGAAUACCAAGUGAGGCAUAA